CGCCACAGCAGCACAGGCCCUCCAACUUACGUGCGCAUUCGCGUUAACAACGACAGUGAAACCUUCCACUUCUCCCAUCUAAUCUACCUUAUACCUUAUUCUAUAUUCAUUCUUUACAAUACUCUUACCGGUUGAUGAGGCAAACAAGCCGGUUGUAUUGUAAUAUUCAUUUAGCAGACUUUCAUCUGCGUCAAUUGACGGGGAGACUGUCUCCUCUUCAUCUGAUUAGUUAAUUCCUUUACCGUUCAUAAAGGGGUUUCUUGCAUUGCCUUGAGCGAAGGUGUUUUGUUUCGUCUGUUCCUCUUUUUCCCGGUCGUUUAGCAAUAACUACCUUCAUCCGAAAUACCUCUAAGACCACCUAAAUAACUACCUAUUUGUCUCCUAACUCGAUAUCGAAUUGCCUACCUUAUUCGAUCUCACCCGCCUUUCUGUUUCUUGAAGUUCGCUAUAUCGAUAACUACCGACUCGUUCUGAGCUCUGCGGGGUUCUUCGACCGACGUCUACUCGAUCCCACACCAUGAAGCUCGCUCCUCUGGUUAGCUUGGUUGUCGGUGGCCUGGCUGGAUUAGGCACCGCGGUUUUGCAACCCCGAGAUUUCGACUCCAACGAUUACUACGUCCUCCACCUCGAACGCGAUGCUCAGCCUAACCUAAUCGCGUCUCGGCUAGGUCUCAGACAUGAGGGUCCGCUAGGCGAACUCCCAGGUCAUCACAUAUUCUCUACCUCUAAAGCUAGCGAAGAUAUUGUGAGGCGCGCUGUGCAAGAGCGUCGGCGCAAGCGGUCGCUAGGCAAUGCGGAUGUCUUAGAUGGAGUAAAAUCCUCCCACAAGCAGAAGCUACGGGCCCCUAUGCAGAAGCGAGUCAUCCCACCCCCGCCAGCCGAUCUAAAUCCCGGGAAAAGAGAAGACAAACCAGAUGCGAAAGCAGUGGAAAAGCAAAAAUUCGUCAUGGAGAAACUUGGGAUUUCCGAUCCGAUAUUCAACGAGCAAUGGCAUCUUUUCAACCCCGUUCAAGUUGGACAUGACGUGAAUGUCACCGGUGUCUGGCUGUCGGGCGUCACAGGCAAGAACGCAACUGUAGCUAUUGUGGAUGACGGGCUGGAUAUGUACAGCAAUGACCUAAAGCCCAACUAUUACGCUGCUGGUAGUUACGACUUCAAUGACCAGAGACCAGAACCUCGUCCAACCCUUUCCGACGAUAGGCAUGGUACCCGAUGUGCCGGCGAAGUUAGUGCUGCAAAGAACGACGUCUGCGGCGUUGGUGUCGCAUACGAUUCCAAGAUUGCCGGUAUUCGCAUUCUGAGCAAACUGAUCACGGAUGCGGAUGAAGCUCUCGCAAUGAACUACGAUUUCCAACAUAAUGAUAUUUACUCUUGCUCCUGGGGUCCGCCAGAUGAUGGACAGUCGAUGGACGCUCCCGGUAUUCUUAUCAAAAGGGCUAUGUUGAACGGUGUACAGAAAGGACGUGCUGAGAAGGGAUCUAUAUACGUUUUCGCUAGCGGCAACGGUGCUCAGAGCGAAGAUAACUGCAACUUUGACGGGUAUACGAAUAGCAUUUACAGUAUCACUGUUGGUGCCAUCGACAGGCAGGGAUUGCAUCCUUACUACUCGGAGAAAUGCUCGGCUCAACUCGUCGUUACUUACAGCAGUGGUAGCGGUGAUGCUAUUCAUACAACCGACGUUGGAGAGAAUCAAUGCUAUAACGGACACGGAGGUACCUCUGCCGCUGCGCCCCUGGCUGCCGGAAUCUUUGCUUUGGCUCUGGAAGUACGGCCUGACUUGUCCUGGAGAGAUAUGCAAUAUAUUGCAAUGCAGAGUGCAGUGCCCGUAGACCUCGACACUGGAGAUUGGCAACCCACAACUAUCGGCAAGAAUUUUAGUCAUACCUUCGGUUACGGCAAGGUUGACAGCUACGCUCUUGUGGAGACGGCAAAGUCUUGGAAAAACGUUAAGCCCCAGGCCUGGUUUUACUCCCCGUGGCUGCAUGUCAAUAAGGAUAUCCCUCAAGGAGACAAGGGAUUGUCAGUUACCUUCGAAGUCACAAAGGACAUGCUCAAAGAAGCAAAUCUGGAGCGCCUCGAGCAUGUUACCGUGACGAUGAAUGUCGAGCACACCCGCCGAGGUGACUUGAGUGUCGAUCUCAUCAGUCCGGACAACGUGGUCAGCCACAUCUCUGCUACACGCAAGCAUGAUGUUAGCAAAGAAGGCUAUAACGACUGGACUUUCAUGAGUGUGGUUCACUGGGGCGAAUCCGGAAUUGGGAAAUGGACACUCAUUGUUCGCGAUAGCGUUGUAAAUGACGACUCUGGUAAAUUUAUCGACUGGCAUCUUAAACUAUGGGGCGAGAGUAUCGACGCCUCCAAGGCUACGUUAUUACCCAUGCCAAACGAAGACGAUGACGCAGACCACGAUAUAACAAGCACCGUUACUCCGCCCGCCGCCACAACCAGCCUCCCUCCAAACCCAGAUGCGACCAACACAGCAGAACCGACUGCCGUUCCAACAGACCAUCCUGAUCGCCCUACUAAACCUAGUAAGACUACGGGCGACAACAUUGCUACUGAGACAGGUACCGAGUCCGAAGUCGCGGAGACGACUACUGCUGGAAGUUCUUGGUUGCCCUCAUUCCUUCCUACAUUCGGUGUCUCCUCUAGCACUCAAGCUUGGAUCUACGGUUCUAUCGGUCUCAUCGUCGCCUUCUGCUGUGGACUCGGCGCGUGGUUCUGGUUCAUGCGCCGCAAGCAGCGCCUCAACAACCCUCGCGACGACUACGAGUUCGAGCCUCUCAACGCUAAUGAUGGCGAUGAUAACCUAGGCGCACCCGGCGAGAAGGGCAACCAGAAGCGACGUGCUGGUGAGCUGUAUGAUGCCUUUGCGGGUGGCAGCGAGGACGAAGAUGACAAUGAAAUGGAAAGAGACCAUUUUGAUAUAGCUAGUCGCGACGGCGACGACAGCGAUGGCGAAGAAGAAGGGAGAGGGGCUAACAGGGAGAAGCAAAGCUCCAGACUAUUAGGCGAGGGGAGGUAGAGUCUCAAGCGUGACACAGAGCUUUUGUAAAAACCGUCUUCUCGAAGCAAGAGACGUCUCUUCGAAAAUAGAAUCGUCACAGGUAGCAUAGUGCUACUACUAUCGCUGCUGUCCCUGUAUAUACAUAGUUACCAAUAUUGGCAUAUGGCAUGGUUCGUAAGGCGUUUGGGAAUUGCGAAUUAAAUAGGUUAUACGUUAUAUACAUAUAUAAACAUACCUUAUCCAAA